GCUAGGAUCAAAUUACGGUUUGCGUUUGAAGUGUUUUGCAGCGUAGGAGCUUCGUGGAUUUCCCGCCGUCGAAGAAAUUUUCCUAAUGUUGACAAAUUCAGCGCUCACCAUUUUAAAAAUAUGCAAAUUUCUUCGGAAGGUUAUGAAAUCGUCAUGCAAUUUGCAUGAAUAAUAAUAAUGGGACACUGCGGAGCGGACAACAGCGUAAUUGAGAGAAGCGAAUUGUUUUAAAGUGAUCGAACAGCGAAAUAACUAAACAACGGCAGUUAUUUCUCAGCUGAGUGUCUGUGGAUGACGUAGCUCGUUUGUUCUAACAAAGGAUAAAGUCGUCAACUGGCCGGAAAAUUGUCGUCAAGACCAGUUUCUGAAUCCUUUCGUUUCUAACAGAGGGCGCGAGGUUUCGGUUGCUUGGUUUCAGAAUUUGGCGUCGAGUGCUUGUCACUCAAUACGUGCAGUGUUCGAGCCACCACUACUGCAUUGAGCCUGCCAUUGAGAUACUUCUUGUAAAUGCCAUCAGUUUGGCGUGGAUUUCGAUAACAAGAUUCCAGGCUUACAAAUUCAACUCUGAAACGAGGAAAACAAAAACAUUUGUGAGGAAGACAAAAUUAAGGUAAAAAGUUGCUAAUGGACACCUGCAUUUGAUGUUGUGGACCUAAUUAACGGGAUGAUUUAACCCAAGAACUUGUCAAAUUUGCGACUAUUUGAAUUAAAUUCUCGACUUUCUGAUUGUCAAGAGCCUGUAGAAUGAACAAACUUGUUCAGGUGUUUUAGAUCUUAGCUGAAGUUGUUUAAUCGACAUGAGGACAAACGAAAAUUGGCCUGAAGCCUUCGGUUUCACUGUCGGUGGAAAAGCUCCUGUUGUCAUAUUGUCUGUAGAAGAAAAUUCCGUUGCUCAACGAGCAGGUCUUCAACCAGGUGAUCAGAUACUUGAAGUAAAUGGUGAAAAUGUCCAAGGAUUAAGUAAAGAGGAAAUCAUUCUACUGGCUAAAAGAUCGCGAACGGUUCCACCGGCGUUGGCAGUGAUUUCCCGAAUCAGAACGUUUGAUCUUCGUCGGCGAAGAGGUCGGUUUGGUUUUGCAGUUCGCGGCAAAGGUCCUGUGUUCAUUGCAGAAAUUGAACCAAGUAGUCCUGCACAAAAUGUCGGUGUUCGUAGUGGAGAUCUCGUUCUUCGUAUAAACGGUGUUAAUGUGAGACACAAGAACGAGCAUGAAGUAGGGCAAAUGAUAGAUUCCUGUGGUCCUACGAUUUCUUUGGUUCUUAUUGCUGGCGCUGCAGAUAUGGGAAUAACUGACAAGCGAGGCACAAAGAGUUCUUCUUCAAGGUACAAACGUGCAAGAGACUUCUUCGUGCAGGUAAGUUAGAAAAAUGAACGAUAUACAUUGUAGCUUUUAUUAAUUGUUAUUUAUCGAAGUUCUUGUCUCUGUUGAUAUAAACAUAACGUUUACAUUGCUACCAUGGCGUGUGUAUUGAUAAACUGUUGUAUAAUUUCUGCUAAAGCGAUUAACUUGUACUUCAAACCUUGUUGGGCCAUUUUUGUUGCUUACCUAAGUAGGUUCUCUAUUAUCACUGUUAUCGUGGAAAUAUUAUUGCGAGAUUCUGUUUCGUGGUUAACAUCGUUAUUUUGAUACGUAUAUUUGUCAUGUACAUUAAAUAUUUUUAAUUUGUGGCAACAAAAUUAUCUUUUAUUCUCAUGCAGUAAGCUUUUUUGUAAGAAUUAUCGAAAUAUCUGAUGCAAUUCAAUUUUGAAAAGAGUACAGCUGGUUGAUGUUGAGUUUCCGUUGUGCCAGUUUGUACGUUACUUUGGUGACUGAGUCGAAGUUAUAGUAAUUUUGAUAAUUAAUUUUCUUUUGGGAAAAUAACAUUGCUCCCAGUUAUAUAUUAGCCCUGAUAUUGAUAACAUGAACUUAAGCUUUUAUAGAGUAACUAAUUAUCUAUUUAUCGUUUAAUUUUUUUUAAUAUCAUAAAUGUUUGUGUCAAGAUGAAUUAUUACCUAGCUGGUCAAGAAACCAAGAAAAAGAUGCUCAUAAAAGCCCUCAACCAGUUUGCACGUGACAGGUCUGUUGAGGAACUGGCACAGAGCCUUAAAGGAAUUCUUAAAAUGCCUGUGGAAAGGAAGCUUUUAAAAGAAAUAAGGUAAAGUUUCAAGCUGAGCUUCACUGGGCUAUUCUCAUUGCUUGAGAUUUUGUUGCUCUCCUUGAUCCCAAGCAACUCUUAAAAAUCAUGUACUGUACAUUUUAUUAUUUGAAAGGAUUCAGUUCUCUCUUGCUCUCUCAUCUAUGAAAACUGUAUUUUAUAAUGGACACCCACUGUGUCUUUUUGGGGUCCUACUGAUGAACAGUUACUGCAUUUAGUUACUGUGUACUUGCAGCCCUGGGCAAUAAUUAUGGGUGCUAGCCAUUAAACCAAAAUUCAGACAGGUCCAACUUGGAAAAGUAGUCCACCUGAAAAGGUUGACUAGUUUUUUCGCAACUUUUCCAGUUGGACCGAACCCAUCCAUUGAGUUUUGGACUGAAAUUUCUUGAAAUUUUGGUUGAAUGGAUCGUGCCCUAUGUCUUAAGACUGUCCUCUUAAAUUUUUAGAUGUCAUGUGACAUCAAAGUAACCAAUGAGAGCAUGAAAUGCUGGGAAAAAAAUUCCAGCUAUAUAACAAAAAAAAUCAUAAUAUAUCAAAGUUUUUUUAGAGAUGUUUCUUGUACUUUACCCAGUAAGCCCUGUACAAUACCAAUUCCUUUGACUUAAUGGAAGUUUAUGACAAAAUAUGGUUUGUUUCUUGUGUAUCCUUUGUAGGAGUUUUAUUCCCAAGAAGGAUCAGCCUUUAUUUGACAUUCUUGUUGGAAACAAUGGGGAAAUCAUGCAGGCCAGAAGAGAGCAAGCUGAUGAUGAAUUGUUACCAGAUUUAGCAAGUGCCUCAGACCUAGAAUUUUCUACAUACAAUAGCCAUCAUCCUGCCCCAAUUGGCAGGUUUGGGUACGUACAGUGUAAUUGCUGCCUGCAGCCUUGACCCCUAAGAGUUAGGGCUAUGAAAAUUUCAAAUUUUUCUUUUGGAGCACACCCCCCAGAUAGGGCUUUCCACAAGUUGCUUGAGAUUUCCCAAAAACGUUCCCGUAAUUUCUCAGAAAGUUGCUCAAAACUUGCUCUUUCUAAUGAAAGUUGCUCAAAGUUGCUAGAAAAAGUAAGGUCUCUGAGUACUUUUGCACAAUUUUUUGGCAAAACCAGCAUAACUUUGUCCUCACUUAAAACCCAAAAAUGUUUGAGUAAAGACUAUGCAUCUACAUUAAGAUUAAUCUUGUAAAAAUUCUAGUAUGAGCCAAUGAAAUUCUUCACAUGAUCUUCACCUGAGGCAAUUGAGUUACUCGAGUGUGAAUCUUCGUCCACCAUUUUGAAUUUUCUUUAAAAACCAUCUGACCCAGCAGUCCAGCUGUAUACAUCUUGCGCCCAUGAUCUGCCCCUAGAGGGGGCUGGUUCCUUUUUCACAGGAAAUCAUAAAUUGUCUACUAAAACACAUUGUGAAAUUUGGAGGAAAGGCCAAUAAUUAAGUACUAAAAGCUCCUCUGUUAUCUCACACUAGAGAAAUUACUCAGAAUAGUACAAAAAGUUUCUCGAAAUACAAGAAGUUCAGUGUCAAAAAGUUGCCGAGCAACUUGUGGAAAGGCCCACACCCAGACUCUCCUAAAAGAAGGGACCUACCCACCCCUUGUUGUUACCAUUGGUUCAUAACGAGCCGCACCGUCUUAGCAACCAAAAAAAUUUUGUUUAUCAAGCUGAGAUAGGGGACUAAAAGUCCCCUAUCUCAGCUGGAUACUCAGAAGCUUGUAACAUUCAUUAUUCCAUUAUCUCUGAUCAUAUUUCGCAUCUAAUACGAUAGAGGCGUCAAUUUUCGCGCCAUCAUGUCAUCAUUCUCGGGCGAGAAAUUUAAUUAAAGCGCGGCAUUCAACAAAUGUACGGCUCAAGUUUCGGCUAAAAUUAUUCAGUGCCGUCAAAGAAAAAAACAUUUUAUUAAGGUCUGCGUACUAAGUCGAUCACAUUGCUAACACAGACAAAAACGCUUAAAUAUCUCCUACAAAAUGAACGGCUGAGUUUGUUUUUUCUACGGGUCAAACUGCUACUAUAUAUCCCAGAAGCGCUCAGGCAUAAUAAUAUGCCAGGACUUCUACCUGGAUGAACCAGAAAGGAUAUAGAACAACUACCUAUUUUUUUUCUUUUUACGGCUACGGGUCGAAAUGCUAAACGUGUUAUAUAUCCUAGAAGCGCUCAGGCAUAAUAAUAUGCCAGGACUUCUACCUGGAUGAACCAGAAAGGAUAUAGAACAACUACCUAUUUUUUUUCUUUUUACGACUACGGGUCGAAAUGCUAAACGUGUUAUAUAUCCUAGAAGCGCUCAGGCAUAAUAAUAUGCCAGGACUUCUACCUGGAUGAACCAGAAAGGAUAUAGAACAACUGCCUUUUUUUUUUUUACGUUUACGGGUUGAAAUGCUAAACGUGUUAUAUAUCCUAGAAGCGCUCAGGCAUAAUAAUAACAUGCCAGGACCUCUACCUGGAUGAACCAGAAAGGAUAUAGAACAACUGCCUAAAUUUUUUUUUACGGCUAUGGGUCGAAAUGCUAAACGUGUUUUUUAUCCUAGAAGCGCUCAGGCAUAAUGAUAUCAUGCCAGGACUUCUACCUGGAUGAACCAGAAAGGAUAUAGAACAACUACCUAAUUGUUUUUUACGGCUACGGGUUGAAAUGCUAAACGUGUUAUAUAUCCUAGAAGCGCUCAGGCAUAAUGAUAUCAUGCCAGGACUUCUACCUGGAUGAACCAGAAAGGAUAUAAAACAACUGCCUAAAUUUUUUUUACGGCUACGGGUUGAAAUGCUAAACGUGUUAUAUAUCCUAGAAGCAUUCAGGCAUAAUGAUAUCAUGCCAGGACUUCUACCUGGAUGAACCAGAAAGGAUAUAGAACAACUGCCUAAAUUUUUUUUUAAAGCUACGGGUCGAAAUGCUAAACGUGUUAUAUAUCCUAGAAGCGCUCAGGCAUAAUGAUAUCAUGCCAGGACUUCUACCUGGAUGAACCAGAAAGGAUAUAGAACAACUGCCUAAAUUUUUUUUUUUUUGCUACGGGUCGAAAAUGCUAAACGUGUUAUAUAUCCUAGAAGCGCUCAGGCAUAAUGAUAUCAUGCCAGGACUUCUACCUGGAUGAACCAGAAAGGAUAUAGAACAACUGCCUAAAUUUUUUUUUACGGCUACGGGUUGAAAUGCUAAACGUGUUAUAUAUCCUAGAAGCGCUCAGGCAUAAUGAUAUCAUGCCAGGACUUCUACCUGGAUGAACCAGAAAGGAUAUAGAACAACUGCCUAAAUUUUUUUUUAAAGCUACGGGUCGAAAUGCUAAACGUGUUAUAUAUCCUAGAAGCGCUCAGGCAUAAUGAUAUCAUGCCAGGACUUCUACCUGGGUGAACCAGAAAGGAUAUAGAACAACUACCUAAUUGUUUUUUACGGCUACGGGUUGAAAUGCUAAACGUGUUAUAUAUCCUUGAAGCGCUCAAGCAUAAUAAUAUCCCAGGACUUCUACCUGGAUGAACCAGAAAGGAUAUAGAACAACUGUCUUUUUUUUCUACUCGUCGAAGUUCUAAACGUGUUAUUCUUAGAAGCGCACAGGCUUAAUAAUAUGCCAGGUUUCCAGCGACUGAUUUUAGCUGAUUUUGCGGUGCGCAAGAAUGGAUAAUUUACCCGACUUGUAAACAGAUAUUUCCUUCAGCCAAUUGUGUCUCAUGCAGGAGAAUGUCAUGUCUGCGUUGUUUUGUUUCUACUGAAGUUUUAUCAAAGAAAGCUUAAGCGAAAAUAGGGAGAUCGCAAUUUAUACUCUUACGAACUAUAAAUUAGGGCUGACCUGGAAGACGUGUUGAAUUGUGCCGCCAUCCUUCAAAAUAUAACCUGGCUGCGUUUAGGGAGACAAUUUCCUCUUCCAUCCAGAUGUACUUGGUAUAUGUGUUUGCGCGAAUCUUCAGACUAAGAAUUGGGUAUACACUGAUUUGAAUGGCUUGGCGAUACUAAGUGCUUAAGUCUACUUACCGAUUACAACAUUUUUUGGGAGUAUUGAGAAGCGCGCCAAACGAAGUUGUCACAGCGUUCUCGAGCGAACACGGCGCGACCUGGAUUGAUAAAAAUUACCAUUACAUGCAGGUAUCAUGCCAGUGAUAUCUCCUUUCGUCGCAUGGUGAAUAGUUUGUGAGCACAUCCUCGACUCUCGAAACAUUUGUCUUGCGCCGCUAUAGAAGUUGCUUCUCCCGCGAACCAUAGGUAGAUUUCCCGCUUAACAUAAUGUUUGAUAAUUUAUGCAAAAGUUGACCUCGUGGAAGUCAGCAGUGCAUUAAUCGACUCAAAAAUAACCCGACUUCCUACAGGGUUUUGAACACAGUUUUAAUUAAAGUACUUUACGAGCGCUGCGGUAGUUGGCCGCAAAAGUGUUACGCUGAUGGAUACUCAACGGGAUGAUUACGUCACUUCAUAGCAACCAGACGGUACGAAUUUUUUAACUUCCGGAGCGCUGAGGCUCGUAGUGCUCUAUUCAAAACCACUGGCUACUUCAAUUUUUAAUGAAACCCUUCCAGUUAUAUUGAAACUGAGAAAUCUGAUUAUAAAAUUUGUUGCUUCUGUCAGCACUUGGUCACACGGAACAAGCAGUAAUUUGGCAUGGCAGAAAGCAAAAGACAAUGCAGCUGGUCCCCCAAGGUAUCAUCUGUAUAUAAAUGUUUUAUUAUUAUUUGUUUCUAUCAGUGUGUAAUGUAACUAGUUGAUGUACUGUACAUGUACACAUGUUGUCUGUAACAACUGGCCAGUCAUUCAUUUACUAAACUAUGGAUCUUGCCGGGGAUUACAUGUAACUAAGGUGGUGUAGUUCCUGCAAGGUUUGUGAGGUUUUGGAAGAAAAGUAUGUUUAGUAUCUUACAUUAAAGGGUACAAUUAACACUCUCCUCACACUUUUCAUUGUAGGACUGUUCAAGUUCUAAGAGAUGGAGUUGGUGCAGGGUUUGGGUUUACUCUUAGUGGAAGCUCUCCCGUGUUUAUUAAGACUGUCGAUAAAGGUAUGGUGCAAUAUUUUAUUGGGUUUGUUUCAUUAUUUAAUACAUAUAUGACCAUGAAUCAAACAGUGCCAAUAAGUUGAGGCAUUUAAAAAACAUUUUUGUAAUCACAUCAAAGGGUUUUGUCCACAAACUUGUCUUGUGCACUGUGGAGGCGUGUGUGUGGCCGAGUGGUUAACACCGUGAACUCCGGAUCUGAAGGUCUGGGGUUCAAGCCUGUCGCGUUGUUUCCUGAGACAAGGAAUUUACUCCACUUUGUCUCUCUUCACCUAGGUGUGUAAAUGGGUACCGGCAACAUACUUCUGGGGGAAAACCCUGCAAUGGACUAGCAUCCUGUCCAGGGGGGAGAAGCAAUACUCCUAGGUGCUUCAUGCUAAUUCAACCUUUAUUCAAAAAUUUAUAGUCCUGCAACGGGGUUACCAUCACGCAAGACGCCUAAAGAAAAUGAAUAAAAUUAAAAGUAAUGAUGUUAAAAAAAAAAAAAAAUUCUAUAAAAGAUAAAAUAGAUAAAAAAAAAUAAUAAUAAUUAAAAUAAUUAAUUCACAGCAUCAAUCAUUAUGCAAUAUUAAAAUUCAUCAUUGACUAAAAUACCCAAAUAAGACUUUUUUGAAACGAUCUGCGGACUUGAUGUUAACAAUUUCGCUUGGCAACGCAUUCCAGUCCUUGACAGUUCUACAAAAAUAACUAUUCUUAUAAGUCUCAGUAUUUGGGAGCAGUUCAAUAAACUUGUUUUGGCUAGAGUUCCUUAAAUGUCUUCUGCACUUCGUAACAUAGUCUGGGAAGGCCAGGCCGCCAUCACUAUGAAUUGCUUUGUGGAACAAGGUUAACCGCAAGAUUGUUCUACGUUCCUUCAGGGGUAUCCAGUUUAAUUCGUUCAAGAGGUUUGUAACUGUUCCUGGUUCCCGCGUGUAACAGUUUUUAACGAAGCGUGCGGCUCUUCUUUGAACUCCCUCUAUUUGUUUGACGUGUUUUUUUAAGUGUGGGUCCCAAACUGAGCUUGCGUAUUCCACGUGAGGUAAUGAAACCAGGAUAAGCUCCAGCCGUUUGGGCCUUUGGCUCGUGUGCACCGUACCUUUACCUACCUUUUUAACUUGUCUUGUGUACUUAGCUACUCUGUGGCAUUUCUCUGUAGUGAAAUAAUUCAAUUCAGCCGCCCUUGAAUGAAAGCUUCUUUUUGACCUGUAUUACUUCAUACAUUGUUCGUAAAGCAUGCCAUGCAUUCUUUUUGUUUUAUUUAAGGUGGAGCAGCCUUUCAUGCUGGACUGAAAGCUGGAGACCACAUUCUGGAAAUAAAUGGAUUGAAUGUCAGGUAAUAAAUCAACUGUAAGGUUUGAUGCAUAAAUAUAAAUUUAUCUACUGCUCUUAAUGCCUCAUGAAAGUAAAACCUCAGAAGAACGGAUAUUUUUUCCAGCAAUUCUGCGCAAAGCAACGACAAUGUGUACAGAAGUGAGACCAGAAGCUGGGGUUAUAUGCUUCUGGUGAGACACAUACUUGUACAUGCACAUGUUUCUGUAAAAUUUUACAUGUGGCGUACUUCUCUUGUUUUGGGUGUAAAUCUGCCUUACAGUGUUCACUGAAUAUGUAUUGCAUGCAUUAUACAUGUGUGUAUGUGCUGCAAUCUCCUGGGCCUGGAAUUGAACCCGUCCCUACGUAUACUGCUCCUUUAACAGCCUAAGGUGUUAAGUGUUAUGACAAACCCAUUUGGAUGUUGCCUGGUAGCAAAUAAAUGGAGUUUUAUUAGUUUUGCUGUAUAUUUUACAGGUCAAAAUUAUUUUCAGGUUCAAAUUUUGUCAAAUUUCUUUUGUCUCCUAGCUUUAAUUAUUCAUGAAUUAGGGCUAUAAGGAGGCAAAGGAAAUUGAGAAUUUGAACCUGAAUUUAAUUUUUGACCUGUAACAUAUACAUGUAUGAAUUGAGCAUUUAAUCACCUUAAAUGUAUCUGAUCUCUCAAUAGGGGCAAGCCACACAAUCAUGUAGUACGGCUUUUAAAAGGAAGUGGUUCUCGUCCAACUCUCUUAAUUCAGUGGCGACCCACAAGUGCUUUGAAACACCAGUCAUCAUUAUCAUCAAUUCCAUCAUCAAGCAGGUCAUCACAGCUGUCUGUAACAUUUGAAAAUGAAAGACCAGCAACUGUCUCAAGGUGUUCUUCCAGGGCAUCAAAGGCUUUCUCUAUCAGGAGUGAUCUGUUCAUGAAUGGAACAGGUUACAGUAAGGAUGAUCUUCGUAUACUGUCCAGACAGUUCAAAAUUCAGGUGAGGUGAUGUUUGGGCUUGAUGGCAUGGUGCAAUCUAGUUGAUUUUUUCGUUAGGAAUGUCUUAAUUCACGGGAUUUUUGGUACACUGUACCGAAUGUACAUACACUUAUGGAAUGAGAGUCAAUUCAGAGGCUGAACUUGUGGGGAAUCAUUUUUGUGUGAUCAGCAGGAUAAAUUUUAGUUAAUGCAAUUCUAGUCAAGUGCUCCUAUUUUCUGCCUCAGGUAAGAACCCUUUUAAUAACAUGUACAAGAAAUAUGUUCACUGUACACUUAUAAGAGUUAUCCACUAUGCUUCAAUUAAGGUCUCGGUAAAUGAAAAUUUUAGUACAUUGCUCGAUUUUGUUUUUUUGGGAUUUUUGGCAUGAGUGGGUCCUAAAUUUUAUUUUGGCAGAAAAAGAAAAUCAGAAAGUGCUUUUUAACCCUUCUAAAAUGAGCCUCUUCUGAGCUAACCAGCCAAGCGUGGACCUCGCGCUAAAUCUUUAGAGCUGAUUUUCUCUCACUCUAUUUUAGACACAAAAAUCAAAAUUCUCCGACCUCCAGUCGGGACAGGUUUUAAGCUAUCGCUUUGAAACUUUCAAAUAUGAUGGAUAAUGAUAUAGACUCAAAAAGGGUGUGAGGAAUUUUCCGAUUUCCCUUUGUAACUCAUUUUAUGCCAGUUUCUUUGCGUAAAUCGCGCUCGAGAUUCGACUUUUUAGUUUGAAAUGCAAUAAUUCCGCUAAUACGAGACAUAUGCAAAUUUCCUCACACCCUUUUUUAGGUCUUUUAUCUGUCAAUCAGAUGCAAAAAAAAGGAAGUGAAUAUUUAACAACGCGAAAGGGCUGGAGCUUCAGCAGUAAACUCGAUACCUCUGAGUUCGAGAACAAAAAACUUAAGCACCUUUUGAAAUUCGAUAAAAUAAAAUUUUUUAGAAGGUAAUUUAGUCUUUUAGCUUUAAGUUGAUAUAUAACUUGCCUUUGUAGCGAAAAUACUCGCGCGACUAGAAUUUUUUUCUGUGGGCACCUCGUUUUCCUUUACCGAGACCUUAAGUUUAGAGUUCUUUCGUGACUUACACAUGCUUCAAAAUGGAUGAAAUAAAAAUGUGUGUACUUAAAAAUUUUGAUAUUGUUUCAGAUGAGUCAACUUCUUACACGUGGAGAGCAGCUUUUCAUUAAACAAACCCUUGAUCAGUAUAGUAAAGACAGGCAAGUUUGUUUUCUUAGUGUAGUAUUGUUAACACAAUAAUAUUCAUAAUAAUCUCUCUCUUCUCUGGGAACAAAUGAAACAAAAUUAAUCUCGAACGUAAACAUAACAACUAGGUAAAAAUCCCAUCUGGUAUUAAAGAGUUUACCAGGCCAGUGGGCUAUUAACAUGUGUGGCUCAGAGGGGUUGCACUUGGAGAGAGUGAGGUUUGAACCUCAAGGGAGAACGCAUUAAACUUACUCAUAGUAAGAGUCCAGCUAUGAGAAACGUGUAUGAGAGACAAUAUUUUCCGUCAAAAUUUUGUAUUUUAUAAGGCGCGUUUCAUUACUUGUAGAUGUGAUACUUCUUUUGUCAUGUGGUAUUUUUUGCAGAGGUGUCUGUCCUUUUUUGUUGUUGUGUAUGUUAGUGAGUUAAUUACAGAUUCUUGGUUAUUUAAAUUUGUCUUUGGUUUGUCUGUCUUAAAGAAUUUUAUGAAAAUGUGGAAAGGGAAUUUUUAUUGCUAAAUCUUUGUCUGACAAUUUUUAGAAAUGUCCAGAGAUUAAUUAAUGCUUUGGAACCUGUUUUGGACGAUGGAGCAAAGCUCCAAAUGUUGCACUACUUGAGUGAACUUCUUCCAGCGGAAGAACAACAAGCAUUUGACAGAGCAGCAGCAAGAAUGAUAUCAAGGAAGAUGAACGGUGAGGACAAUAUUCCAGAAAAAUUGUAGUGCCAAGUUUAUGGCUGAGAAAUGUACAAAAAAGCCUAAUGCACGUGCCUAAUGCAAAUUGGUUGUUUUUCCAAUCUAACCAUACUCUGCUUUUUUGCUGUUGCUUUGUAAUAAUAGUAAUGGUGGUCUUAAAGACAUUUGUAUUGACCACAAUUAUGACUCUCUUUGUGGAGAGUAUUAGUUGAUCGCUUUCCUGCUGUGAUAACUUAAUUGUAGUUCCAGGCAUUCCAUUUUUGUCCCUAGCAAAUUACCCCUUUUUCUUCUUUAAAACUGUCUGCCACAGAAAAAUUCAAUUGGGACACAGUGGUGUAGUGUGGGGCAAGUUAAACAAAGAAGUCUAUAGUGAGUUUUUCUAGACGUACAUGACUGGUCUACUCCGGCAUGAAUGUGAAAAUUGUUGUCGUUAUUUCUCUCCCUCUCUUUUUUAAUCAUCACAAUCAUCAUAAUCAUCAUCAUCAGCUGCAUCAUCAUCAUUCCGGUGUGGCAUCUUGUUCACAAGAUCCUCCCCUUUUUAAUAUUAGCCACAGGUAGUAGCACUAAAUCAUGCACUGGUGCGGCAUCCAACCUUCCAUUGCAGAGGGAGUGGUAACGUACGUGACUCUUUAAUACACAUAAAUUGCUCCAAAACUUCAACAAGUUUUAAAUACUUUCAUUUCAGCUGGUGUUGUUCCCAGUUUGGAUACAAACAAUGAUGAAGUAGUUGAUGUUCUUUACAGAGUACAGGGCAUGCGACUUUCUGAUGCACCCAGACAACGCAUAACAACUCCAGGAGGAGGUAAAUACAACCAGAUCCAAAUCUUUUCGAAUACUCAUGAAUACAGCUGUUUCAUUGCACUUUCACUUGUGAUCUUUCCAGCUUGCCAUAAAUUAAGAAGAAUAAUUAAUCAGGCAAAUAACAUUUAUUUUUGCUACACGAAAAUACAAAAAAGAGGAGGAACUGUACAAAGGAAAAAUUGCAAUAGCAUCAAGGAAAAUAUUAGUUGAGAAACUAUUCACUGACUACCCUUCCUUACAAAGGGCAGAUUGCAUACAGUGUACUAUAGUGCUCUUCUGUGUACUACACAACGCUAUUUGUUGAGGUUUUGUUGCUUUUACUUAUUAUUAUAAUUUGUUCUUUCAACUUUUCUUCACCUGUAUGUAAAUCUGAUAUGCAUUUUUUUAGUCUUGUUGCUGUGUAACAAAGAUUUGUGUGACCUCUAUCCAAGCCGCUGGUCCCAGCUGAUUCAGUGGAAAAUUACCUUUUCCUUAGCUUGAAGUUGUUUCAAAUGCAAACAAAUGUUCGAUUAAUUGACAUUUUUUUUUUCAGUCACAUCUGAUGAACCCCGUGGUAACUGGCCUGGUGCUGGAGUGGUCAGAGGACGAACUAGUCCAGGAAGUGGUUAUGGUAAGCAACUGCCGGAUGCUUUCUUGUCAUCUUAAGAGUGAAUAGGGCCAUUUAUACGAGGAAAAAUAAGACACGUCUUACAUAAGACACGUCUUAAAUAAGACGCGAACUGUACCAUUUAUACGAGCAUGUCUUAUCUAAUAAGACGCGUCUUAGCUAAGCCGCGUCUUAUUUUAGGCGAAAUGUGCCGUUUAUACGGAAAGUUCGCGUCUUAUGUAAGACGCGUCUUAUUUUUCCUCGUAUAAAUGGCCCUAAUGUCUGUAAAUAUCGGGCAACCGACGGCCACGGUCAGAAAUUAAUUUUCGCUCAUAUCUUGUCGAUAGAUAGGUGUUAGUAAGCAACUAAACGUGGUGUAGUUUGUUUUUUAAAAGGCCGCUUGGAUUUGGAGAAAAACGACAAAAUCAAUUUUCGUGGUCGGCGACUUGAAAACAACCAAAAUUUGAGGCAAAAUGAGGCCGUCUCAAAACUUCGCUCGCACGCACAUAGGAAGAAAGCGUGGUAAAAUAUUCCCGAUAAAUCAAUUUGUAAACGGUUUUAGCCCUAGUAUGGCGGUUAAUUCUUAUCUUAACGAUAAUGUGGAAGGUAAACAAUUUUAUUUUAGUUUUGGUUCUUUUUCAACUGAACGAAGUGUAAAUUUAGGCUUAAAGUCGCGGUUUAAUUUUUAGGCAUGUGCUACACCUUGGUUUUUCCUGAAACUCAAGCUAUAAGUUAGUGAAACAUUGUGCUAAAACAUAUGUAAGAGCUGGCUUGGGUAAUUUAAUUUGCGCUUCAGACGAACCUUUGCAUUAUUCCGUAACGCCUUGCUGUAGCCGAAACGGAUUAUUGUCGUUUCCUGAGAAGAAAUCUGAUGUACUUCUAUAGUACCAUAACUAAUUUGCUAACAUGCAAUUGGAAUUAACUUACCUUUGUAGUAUGGAGCACUUUUUUUACUUUUUCUACUCUCGCAUUUUGUAAUUUGACCUCGAACGAAAGGUCGUUUGAGACGGACCAGGUUUAAUAUUAAAAUGUUACUCAAGCCGAAUGAGCAUCAUGAUCUAAAUUUUUAAGGUGGUUGAACAAAAUAUAUCACAAGAAAAGUACGUUUUUAAGACAUUUUUGGCGAUUUGAAAGAUGUUCUUACCAUUUAAUAGAAUCCGUUACAACAUACAGCGAGUCACAAUGUGAGAAGACAAGGAGUGGUGUUACGUGACAACGGACACCAUCCUUCGAAUUGAGGAAGAAUGACCAGAAAACAAAAUUGUUCAUACAUUUUUUUGAUGUUUUCAAAGUUAUUUGUUCAAUUAUACAACAACUGAAAGGUUGCAUAGUCUGACUGCCAACAAUACUUGGUCUAACAGUGUAAAGUGGUGGUCAGUUUUUGACACCAACGUGAUAAAAGUAUUGACUAAGGGCUUUGGAAAACAUCAAAAUCAUACACCCUGCCAUUAGACACAAACACUGAGUAGGUUUUGAACUUUGGACAACCUCAAUAAAUGAUCUCGGAAGCUUUUUUUUGUUUUGAGUGAAGAAUCACAAUAAAAAAAUGAUGCUAUUUCAUAUAUAUAUUUUGGGGAAGGGUGGCUCUGAAUCUUACUUUGCUACUACCUAUUAAGACUUAGACGACGAGUAGUCCCCAUUUUCGGCAGGGAUAGUAGAGCGAGGGAAACGCGAGCGCGCGUGAAAAUCACCCCACGCGAGAAAAGGCGACACGCGGCGGGGAGAGAGAAAAAAUUUUCUCUCUUCCCGCCUCUUUUGCAGAGCCCAGCUAUCAUGACUUGUCGAGCACAACCAACCGACGUUCUUGAAAAGUCUCAUAUUUCAAGCUAAGUUUAUUCAACUUCAGAAGGUUCGUGUGAAGUACAAAUUUAAUUUCCCAGGCCAAUUCUUACAUAUGUUUCAGCACAAUGUUUAAAUAACUUGUGCCUUGAGUUUCAGGUAAAACCAAGGUGUAGCACAUGCCUAAAAUAUGAAAUAAAAACGCAACUUUCAAUAAUCUAAAUUCAAAUUUCGUGUAGUUGAAAAAGAAUCCAAACUAAAAUAGCAUUGUUUAUCUUCCAGAUUACCGUUAAGAUAAGAACUCAUCACUAAACCAGCAGUGGAACCCUUUUUAAAUUGAUUUAUCGGGGAAUAUUUUACCCCGCUUUCUUCCUGUCUGCUUGCGAGCAAAGUUUUGAGACCGCCUCAUUUUGCCAAGUCUCAAGUCGCCAACCACGAAAAUUGAUUUUGUCGAUUUUCUCCAAAUCUAAGCGGCCUUUUGAAAAACAAACUACACCACGUUUAGUUACUUACUAAUACCUAACUAUGGACAAUGUCUGUGAGCGAAAAUGAUUUUUUGACUAUGGCCGCGAAAUUUCGAUUUCGCUCGAUUUUUACAGACAUUUGCUAUUAAGAUUCUGUUUGAAUUGACCAACAUAAAACCUACAAAAUCAAUUACAUUUUUGCACGC